GAUGGAGAACGCAGCCUUCGCUUCCGGCGCCGCCAUGGCCGUUUCUCCUGUGCAGGCUUACCCCGGUGGGACGAUGAGGGUCCUCGCCGUGGAGGAAGACCCCGCCUGCCUCACCGCCCUCACGCAGAUGCUCCAGCGCCACGGCUACCAAGUGACGGCCAAGGCGUCGCCGGAAGAAGGGCUGAGGGCGUUGCAGGACAACCCGGAGGGAUUCGACCUCGUGAUGACCGUCGUGCGCACGCAGGAGCCAUGGAUCGACGGCUUCGUGCUCCUCAGGCACGCAGCGCAGCUUUACCCGGUCAUCUUGUUCUCCGGUGUCGAGUCGGCGGAGACGAAGAUGAGGGGGAUGCUCGGAGGCGCGUGCGCCUUCCUGACCAAGCCCCUGCGCGACGAGCAGGUGCGCGACGUCUGGCAGCACGUCAUCGCCCGGCGGAGGCUCACCUCCGGCGUCAAGGCUGUCGCCCACGCUCCAAGCAGAGACGUCGUCCGUGAGGAUGGGACGGCGAGAAAGAGAGGUCUGAAAGACUCCGGCGAGGGGGGCUCCGACGGCAGGACCGCCAAGAAGAACAAGCUCAAAUCGUCGUCAGAGACAGAUCAGCUGCACGCGGCGUUCGUCAAGGAGGCCGAACAGCUCAGGGGAACGAAAGGGUCGCUGGUGAAAGGUUCCAAGAAAAACACGGGAGCGGAGAACGUUCGGCUCGCGCACGGCGCCGGAACGACCACCUCCACACAGCAUCGCGAGGCGCGAGCACCAGGAGAAAAGAGAAGAGAAAGUGAUGACGUGAUGGCAGCUCCGGCGGCUUCCCUACCCUCAUCCCCGCCGCGGAGCCACGCGCCCCCCUUCGGCCGGAGCGUGCCGUUGGUGUCCCCUCGGCGCGGCGCUGGCGCGGCCCGCCGCACGCUCCCCAUCUCGGCGCACGGCGGCAGCGAGGGGGAUGCGGGGAGGAUACUGGAUCCGCUCGCCACGCCCUUCCAGAUCCUCGGCCUCGACGCCUCGGCCGCCUGCUCCGCCGCGCAGCUCAAGGCCGCCUUCCGCGCCCGGGUAAAGGAAUUCCAUCCUGAUGUUUGCAAGGACACAGAGAAUGCAGAUUUAGUAAUGAGACGAGUACUCGAGGCCUAUGAGAUAUUAUCCGGUAACCAAGGAAUGAUGGUCGAAAGGAACAAUAUUGACCCAUUUGAUGAACCUGAGUGUGAAGCUUACGACAUAUUUGUCAAUGAACUUCUAUGCAUUGGCACCGGAUGUCCAUAUUCUUGUGUUAAAAGGGCACCUCAUGCAUUUGCAUAUGCAGAUGACAUUGGUACAGCUCGUGCAAAAUCUCAAGGUCAUGGUGACAAUUACCUUGUCCAACUUGCUGUCGGUCAGUGUCCGAGAAACUGCAUAUACUAUGUGACACCUUGCCAACGUGCUAUCUUGGAGGAUGUACUUUCUAGCGUGUUGAUGACGCCGCACGACCUCUCUGAAGCAGAAGUUCUGUAUUCUCUCACAUCAAAAGCAACAUUCGAGAACAAUAGGUACAGGAGGCCCAAAAGAGACACAAAAUCAUCCGCUGACUAUGUUGAUUGGAUGUGACCGUUUCCUGAAGAACCACCAAGCACUGGCAGUCUCCGUCAGAUUGUUCAGUGGUAUAUGCCACGAUGAGCGUGUUGUUACUGUGUAGUCGACAAUUAUAUGUAUGCAUAUUGCUGUAUCAUGUAGGGGGAGGCAACAAUUUUAUUUUUAAAAUGCAAAUCCGCUGUGUGUGGUAGGUAAAUAGCACGGUAUAUGUUUAGAGGGGUGUAUUGCAAACUUUGUAAUUAAUAGGUUCCAAAGUUUAAGGCUGUAAUAAAUUAACAUAUGGCUAAUAACUCAGUGUAGUAAAACACAAUUUUUUCGCAAAAAAACAUAAGUUUGUAUUGGCGAUGACGAUUAUUAAUAGAUCAGUGGAUUUUUUGCAAAAAGAAAACA